GCAGACAACUCGGAAGCGACAUCGGCACAAUAUUAUUGGCCGCCGAUGUUUUGUCCGCCUUACACACCGCAAUACCAUCCAUACCGUCCAGUCAUAUUGCCAGCCCAUGACUUCCAUAGGGCUUGGGACGCACAUUCAUUGCACCCACCAACUUACCACCAAAUUGACGAGCAACAGCCUCAACAACAACAACAGUCUCAACAACAGCAGCCUCAACAACAACAGCCUCAACAACAACAGCCUCAACAACAGCAGUCUCAACAACAACAGCCUCAACAACAGCCUCAACAACAGCCUCAACAACAGCAACAGCCUCAACAACAUCCCCAACAGCAAUUUUUGCCUCAGCAGCAACCAUCUCAACAACGGCAGCCGCCUCAACAUCCUCCUCAGCGGCAAGUCCGAAACCAUUUUCGGCGUCCGCCUCCGCAACGAUGGAACACAGUUGGCGCGCAGCAGAAUCGGUGGUCAGUACCAGUGCCAUUAUAA